AUGGGAACGUACACGAAGUUCGGCACGCUCGAUGGCCCAAGUAUUUCUGUCAUGCUCGUAGCGGCGCCAUUCGCUCUGCAGAAAGUGCAAUACGCCCGAGAGAUUGUAUUCGGAUCGAAAGGACACGUACGUGUCCGUAAGGCGUGGAGUACGGUCGAGCGUCCACCGACAACGCCUCAACCCGGUCUGGUCGGUGGCCCAUCAGAUGUAGAAGAGGUCGAGCUCGAAGUGGCCCCGACUCAGUCCGGAGACGCAGAUGCAGCAGCGGCUCCUAGUGACGAGCUACCCAGCAUCCCGCGCCGUGAAGUGGAUGCAGAGACACUUGCAUCGGAGCCUGUUCCAAAGAAGCGUGCAGUGGUUCCCUCCGAAGAUGAAGAGGCUGUGGUGCCUGAUGCCGCUGACGAUAAUGACGAUGAUGCACCACGACUUAGUGGCAAGGAACUGAUCCGCGCACAGGUCGACGCCCGCAUUGAUGCAGCACUCAAGACGGGUAAGCGCCGGACGAGUAGGCGUCGCACUCAAGGAGAAGACGAUCUCGACCUGAUGGCAGAUGAGGAGGUGUCAGCCCUGCGCACUGAGAUGAUUGUCGCGGCCGACGAGGACGAGGAGGCCAACCGCUACAAGCAGCCCGCUACGUCAAAGUUACGCUUGCUUCCACGUGUAGCAAUCAUGGAUAACAACCUUUUGGAGGGAGUAAAGCGCUGGCUUGAGCCAUUGCCGGAUCGCAGCUUGCCAGCCCUCAACAUCCAGAAGGAGUUGUUUGGUGUUUUGGAGAGCAUGUCGAUCGAUACGAUCAGUCUUAAAAUGAGUGGUUUGGGUCGUGUCGUCGUGUUCUACAGCUUAUGCAAACGCGUAGAGCCACCGAUUCGGCGCAUUGCCGAGCAGCUAAUCGAGACUUGGACUCGUCCUAUUUUGAAGCGCUCGGCGUCGUACCGUGACAGACAUGUGGCGCAAGCGGAUUGGCACCAAAACUCGCCUCAGAACCAGUCUAGUCAUCUGACGGAGGCGGCUUUUGCUACAGACAAGACGCGCCGUCAUGUCGGUAUCCCACCGUCGGUCACGACGGGCUUUCAGGUGGCGCCCAAGAAUCGAGUGGCUGGCAGCUCUAAUGAUCAUGAUCACCAGACACGAUUGGCAAAUCACCAGCGGUACGCACAAGAGAGACUGACGUACAGCUUAAACCGGUUCAAGUCGCGGCUCAGGGACGCCAAUGCACGUCGCUAA